AUGCUCAGACACUUGUUAAAGGUCAAAGAUAUAAAUCGACGUUAUUUCCCACUAGUCUCCCCUGACGAAAUACUAUCAACUAGCCUUCUUGACGUUCGUUUAAAAGAUAUGGUGUUGCUUAAUAGGACUCUUAUAACUGCCGUGUUUCUCGCGACAGUCGCCAAAGGCGCAAGUCUUCCAGUACAGGACCUUACGGUUCGUAAUGGGAAGCAAGAUGGAGUUGCAAGCGCUCAAAAAAUUAUCAGUGGCAUUAUCGGGGAAGUUGGAGGUAUCUUUAAAGAAAUUAAUGCUAACCUCGAUUGUAUUAAAGAUGAGAUUUUCGGGAGCGAUGCUACCCAAAACGAGCUUCUCAGCCGAGUAAUUCUUUCAAAUGGAUUUUACAACCUUAAACUGCAGGGAUCCGAUUCAUCUGUCAAUAAGGUACUUACGCAAAUUGUCGACCAAAAGUCAGACAUAUUUUCGCUGGUCGUGGGUGACUAUGGAUUCACUUUGAAUGGUAAUGUAGAUCUUAAUGAAGCAUGUGAUUCUCUGUCCACUAUUGUGAAUUCUGCAAUUAAGGUCGUAAUCAACGAGAUCGGUGAUAUUUCUUCAAACAAAAACCCACAUGACUGCUUCAAAGAUAAGGUUACCCUGCAUCUUCAAUCCAAAGGUUGUAAAAUUUCAAAAGUCAAGGGAUCGACAUGCAUCAAUGAUUGCGUGAUCUUAGAUAUUGAUUGGAUAUGUAAAUUUUUGAAUCAUCUUAUCGUUAGUGUUGAGGGUCUUACAAAAUGUGUCAAAUGCCCUAACAGCUUAUCCCCAAUUCUUAAAAUAUUGACUGAGAAACAAAGUUUGAUCUGCCCUUCAACAUCAACAAGUACUACUUCUUGUACUACGCAUAGCUUAACUAGUACUUCUCCAUCUAGUGCCACGCCUUGUACUGAAUGCGAGAAUCAUAAACCUAGUACUACGUCUUGCACCGAAACCACUCCAGAGUCUAGUACCACCCCUUGCACUGAGUGCGAAAAUCAUAAAUCUAGCACUCCUUGUACUGAAACAACAUCUGAAUCCAGUGUCGUUCCACCAUCUAGUGCUCCAGAAUCCAGUACUCCUUGUACUGAGACUACGUCUGAGUCCAGUGUCGUUCCACCAUCUAGUGCUCCAGAAUCCAGUACUCCUUGUACUGAAACAACAUCUGAGUCUAGUGUCGUUCCACCAUCUAGCAUUCCAGAAUCUAGUACUCCUUGUACUGAAACAACAUCUGAGUCUAGUGUGAUUCCACCAUCUAGCAUUCCAGAAUCUAGUACUCCUUGUACUGAAACAACAUCUGAGUCUAGUGUGAUUCCACCAUCUAGUAUUCCAGAAUCUAGUACUCCUUGUACUGAAACAACAUCUGAGUCUAGUGUCGUUCCACCAUCUAGUAUUCCAGAAUCUAGUACUCCUUGUACUGAAACAACAUCUGAGUCUAGUGUCGUUCCACCAUCUAGUAUUCCAGAAUCUAGUGCUCCAGCUUCUAGUGCUCUAGCUUCUAGUGUUGCUGAGUCUAGUGUUCCAGCUUCUAGUGCUCCAGCUUCUAGUGUUCUAGCUUCUAGUGCUCCAGCUUCUAGUGUUCCAGCUUCUAGUGUUCCAGCUUCUAGUGUUGCUGAGUCUAGUGCUCCAGCUUCUAGUGUUGCUGAGUCUAGUGCUCCAAGUGCUCCAGGUUCCAAUGCCGCUCCAUCGUCAAGUGCUGCUCCAUCAUCUAUUGCACCUGCCUCCAGUUUCGAAACUGUUCUGUCUACAACUCCAUCGACUGCAUCGACUCCUUUCUCAAUUUCAACAACUAUUGUGACAGUCACUUCUUGCUCGAAGGACCAGUGUUCCACCGUAACCGUUCCAACUGGAUUAACCACUGUAACAAAGGAAUCUACCAUUUACACCACCUAUUGUCCUUUAACCUCUGAAUCAGAGACUACUGACAAAGUCAGCAAAACUGAAACUGAAACUGAAACUGAGACUGAAAUACAGACAACCAUUGUCACUGUAACAUCUUGUGAAUCCAAUGAGUGCUCUAUAACGACCAUUCCAACGGGAUUAACAACUAUAGUCAAAGAUGAGACAACUCACACCACUUACUGUCCAUUACCAGAGGACACUGUUGCUGGUUCCAGUAAGGUUGUGCCAUCAAAGGAAACUGGGACAGUUCAGAAAUCUAACGCUCAAACCACUGUCACUCAAUCGACAGCAAGCCAAUUAUCUUCUAUAAAAGCAGAAAGCGCAAUUGAAGCAGCAACAUCAGCUAUUAUUCAGGACUCUUCUAUUGAGGCAGAGAAUGUUGUCAAAACAUCCACACUCUCAUCUGCUUCUCCAUCGGCCACCAAUCCUCUUUCCUCGGUAGAAGCCCAAAGCACUACAGAAACUGAGACAACGAACUCUCAAGGUAUUGCCUCAGCCGUUGCCUCAGGUAGCGCAUCCAAUAGCACCAUUCCAAGUAUCAGUACCGUUUCAGAAGGCCGCGGUAACCAUAUUACUGCCUCAGUUGGUAGCCUUUUAGCGGUUGCCGGUAUGUUCUUAUUAUGA